AGGAGGACUUAUGAGAGAGGGGGGUGAGUCGUAUCCAUCUUUGGAGGCUGGGCCUCACAGGAAUGUUAUCGUUUGUAGGGAAACAGGCAAAGGGAGUAGAAGAGUUAUCAGCACUCUCUACAACAAGGGAAGCUGAACAGUCAGCUGCAGGCCCCUCCAAGGAGCCUGAAUCUGAUCAACAACGUGCUCUUGAAGCUCGGACUGAUGCUGAAUCCAAGGCUGCCGCAGCCCAAGUACUUUAUAUUGAGCCUUGGGAGGAGACUAAGGAAGUCAACUUCCACUCUCACCUAGAACAUUGGCUGCAGCUCAAACAGCAACGCCGUGUUCAAGGGAGCGUGGAACUGAUCUUCUUUAAGUUGCUCAUUGACCACCGAUACAUGCGCGUGCUGAUUGAUAAUGGCUUAGCGACUAACUUAUUCUUUUCUCCUAACAGGAUUCGUAAGGCGGGUCUAGGAAUGAAGCAAGUGGAAUUGGAGAACCCGUGUCAAACCCAGGUAGGCAACCAAGAGGUUGUCACCUCAACGCAUGCUGUCAAAGGUGUGCGUGUCACCUUUGACAAGGAUCGCACUGUCACACAUGAGUUGAACUUCUACAUCUUGGACAAGUGUCCUUUCGACGCGGUCAUUGGCUUGGGCUGGAUCACCAAAAAGAAUGCUCAUCCUUUGCCUCGCAUAGAUGAUCGGCUAGAUGUGGCAGGUGGGUGGAAGGUGUUCUCCAAGAUCGAUCUCAAGUCUGGCUACCACCAGAUUGAAGUUGAUCCGAACGACCAGCACAAAACUGCAUUCAGAACAUGCGAUGGGUUGUACGAAUUCAUCGUUAUGCCCUUCGGUCUUACGAAUGCACCAGCCACAUUUCAGUGCCUCAUGGACAAGGUACUCCGUCAUCAGCUCAACAUGUUUGUUGUUGUUUACCUUAACGACAUCCUGAUUUUCAGCAAGUCCAUGGAAGAGCACGUCAAACACCUUGAGGAGGUUUUGCAGGUCCUCAAGGAAGCUCAACUGCACCUGAACUUAGAGAAAUAUGAGCUUGGAAGGGACAACGUCGUCUAUCUUGGUCACCGGUUGUCUGCAAACGGCCUUGAGCCGGAGGCAACCAAGGUUGAGGUUAUACGAAAAUGGCCUCAAUCGGCAAACGUACGCGAACUGCGUUCGUUUCUUGGUUUGGCUUCGUAUUAUCGGAAGUUUGUGCCCAAAUUUUCUGUCAUUGCUCACCCACUCUCGUGACUAACCAACAAAAUGUUGCUUAUGGG